AUGCAUGGAUGUGCAGAGAAGACAGACGAGCAAGACAGAGGAAGGCAGUGGAGUGGCUCGAGAGGCAAAGGAAAAGCCAUUAAGAAGCCACACCCUGGCUGGAUUAUAAAGGGGGAAGAUGUGGGAGUUGAAUUAUAUCUUGAGGAAUUGCAUUAUCGCAAAAUCUCAUUGGUUGAAAGACUGAAUAUUACUAUACUAAUAUGUGAAAAUUGUUUCCAGUUGAAAGUUUCAGGUCCACUGAGGUUUCUGUCCCAGACAGACUCUGUCACAGCAUUUGCAGGUGACACUGUUUUAUUAAAGUGUGAAGUUGUUGGUGAACCUAUGCCUACAGUCCAUUGGCAGAGGAACCAAGAAGAUCUACUUCUGAAUCCUGGUGACACUCGAGUAGCUAUUUUGCCUUCUGGAUCUUUACAAAUCAGUCGAAUUCAAGUAGGGGACAGUGGAAUCUAUAGAUGCCUUGCCAAAAAUCCUGCCAGUUCAAGGACUGGAAACGAAGCAGAAGUCCGAGUUUUAUCAGAUCCUGGUUUGCACAGGCAACAAUUUUUUCUUCAGAGACCAUCCAAUAUGGUGGUUGUAGAAGGGAAAGACGCCAUUUUGGAGUGCUGUGUUUCAGGUUAUCCAGCCCCAGCGUUUACGUGGCUGCGAGGAGAUGAACCAAUCUCAUUCAGAUCCAAAAAAUAUUCACUGUUGGCUGGCAGUAACUUAUUGAUUUCUAAUGCAACGGAUGAUGAUUCUGGAAGUUAUAUCUGUAUGGUCACAUACAGAGAUGAGAAUAGUAGUGCAUUAGCUGAAUUAUCAGUACUGGUUCCUCCAUGGUUUAUCACUCACCCUUCAAAUCUCUAUGCCUAUGAAAGUAUGGACAUCGAGUUUGAAUGUGCUGUCUCCGGAAAACCAGCCCCUUCAGUACAGUGGAUCAAGAAUGGAGAAGUUGUCAUUCCUAGUGAUUAUUUUCAGAUAGUGGGAGGCAGCAAUCUGCGGAUCUUGGGCUUAGUAAAAUCAGAUGAAGGCUUCUACCAGUGUGUAGCUGAAAAUGAAGCUGGGAAUGCACAAACCAGUGCACAGCUAAUCAUCCCCGAACCUGCUAUCCCAAGUUCCAGGAUCCUUCCCUCUGCUCCCCGAGAUGUGGUCCCUGUCUUGGUCUCCAGCCGAUUUGUCCGUCUCAGCUGGCGCCCACCUGCAGAGGCAAAAGGGAACAUUCAGACCUAUGCAGUCUACUUUUCCAGAGAAAGCAUCAAGAGGGAGAGAGCAUUGAAUACCUCCCAGUCUGGGUUGUUGCAGCUUACAGUGGGAAAUCUGAAACCUGAAGAGACCUAUACCUUCCGAGUAGUGGCAUACAAUGAAUGGGGACCGGGAGAAAGUUCACAGCCUAUCAAGGUGACAACUCAACCUGAGU